AUGGCGCUUAGCCGCAGCAAGUUCUCAUAUCGUUCCUUACAAUCGACUGGCCUUAUUGCCGUGAUCCUAGGUUGCUGCAUAUACACAGGCACCGUCAGGCUGUUCGAUCUAGAUGGCGGCAACGAUAAUGUGUCAAGAUUGACUGGAUGGCCGAUUACUGGAAUCGUUUCUGCCGCAAUAUCGUUCCUCCUUAGGAGCGACAUCUUUCCUGACUGCAAGGUAUCGCGAACCUCGCUCACGGACAUCUUUUGCGAUGCUGUUUAUGGCUGCCAAUGGAAGCUCGUGUUUUGCGACGAUCAUGGCUACGCUCCUUGA